AUGAUUUAUAGCAGCGAUGAGAAAUCCAAUCAAAGUCUCAUGAGAUUUAUCUGCCUUAAACAAAAGCAACGUUACGCAACUUGGAAACAAAUCAAAAGUCGUCUUUCUAAUGAAAUUUCUUCAGUUUCAUUUACAAUUUCACGAGAAGCUUCAUUCAAAGCAGAAAAUCCCGCAUGGGAAGAAAGGAACCUCAAGCCCUCAACUAAAACACUUCUUCUGGUGGUGGUAAUGGGAUGA